UUUCAUACGUGUGUGUGCAACCUUAUAUCAAAUAACAGCGUCACGCUUGUGACGACCAACAAAUCCGAUUCGUGUAAAUUAGCCAAAAAAGGUAUUUAAAUGGAAGCGUUAAUAGAGGUGGAAAGUUCCGUAAAAUUCUCGCCAGCGGAACGAGAAGCUGUUCUGGAGGUCUUAGAAGAAUGCGCAGACUCAUUAGCUGUUUACCAUAACACUCUGAGACAACAACCGGUGAUGGAAGGCGAGGUCGCAAACUUUUACCCCGAAGUUGAUAUUUCGGAAACGUCAGUUCUGCAAUCGCUUAUCGGAAACGUCGCGGAGAUGACGGAUUCACGGAAGAAAGCUGUACGUGAAAAGCUUCAACGAGACAGUUUAUAUGUGAGCGGUAUAAUGCGAGACUUGAAGCAAGAAAUAAGCGAACGCGGAACUAUUGAAGUACUAAUCAAGGAGAUCGAGAGAAUCACGUCGCAGGAGGAGAAGGAUCGUUUUUUAUCGGAACAGAAUGAAAAAAUGCAGACUAUCAUAACGGAGUUGCGAAAAACGAUGGUCGAUAAGAAAACGUCGAACGAGAAGGAGGAGGAAAGUUUAACAACAAAGUUCACUUUAACACGGGACGAGAAGGAGAAACUAAAACUAAUUAAGGAUGUAGAAAUGAGAUACGUACAAACGUGGGAGACGGCACGUCGUGGGCAGAAUGUAUUGCGUUAUAAGUUAAAGAUGGACCAAUUAGAGAAGACUUUGAAUAAUUAUUACGUACGCGAGAAAAACGAAAAUUACGUGAAUACCGAAUUGACGCGUUAUUUGACGUGGCGUAUAGCGUUCAUCGAAAAUCGAAUCGAGCAAUGGCAGCGGAGGUACGAGCAGGAGCAGAAAAUGUAUGAGAAAGAGAUCUGCAAAGUGCGCAAUGAGAUAGAAGAUGCUCAGAAAUACUUGGAGCAGCUUACAACGGAGCACUGCAGCAAUCAGGAAUUCAUCGACACAUAUCUCGCGGAGCAGGAGGCACUUCGAAGGCAAAAGGAACACGAGGAUCACGUGCAACGUUGCACGAUCAGGAUCCAAGCUUGGUGGCGGGGUGUCAUGGUGCGCCGGAAGUUGGGGCCGUAUCGACCCGAGGAGAAAAAGAAGAAGCGGCCAGUUAAGACGAAGAAAUAA